GUUCUCGCGAUGACAGCUGCUGAAGGAGAGUCGACUGUCGGAGUUGCACAGGACGGAAUGUCGGGUCUCGCCUCCUGAGGAAUUUCAUCGUUUUUGUCGCCAAGCAGAGAGCGUAUGUCUUCACAGACGUAGGUGAGCAGCAGUGCUGGCCCCAGGAUGGCAGGAUCCGCAGCACCAGACGCCCGCUCCAAUGGACCCGUACCGGCCGCCCGCCCCAACCUGGGGCCUCCCCCGGACGACCUGGACGAGCCCCAGUCCUCACUGGCAGACGUUACCCAGAUGUGGAUGUCGUUUGGCAGGACUUUUGCCAUCAUCUUUCCCAUUUACGUCCUGGGGUACUUUGAGUUCAGCUUCAGCUGGGUUCUGAUCGGACUGGCGCUACUGUUCUACUGGAGGAAGAACUAUGGUGACCAAGACUACCGGAUUAACCGGGCUUUGAAGUACCUGGAGGUGGAAGACAAGGUGGUGAAGAAAAGCAUUCCGACCACUGAGCUGCCAUCGUGGGUUCAUUAUCCAGACGUGGAGCGUGUGGAAUGGCUGAACAAGACAGUCAGACAGAUGUGGCCCUUCAUCUGCCAGUUUGUGGACAAACUCUUCAGAGACACAAUUGAGCCAGCCGUGAAGGGAGCCAACCCCUACCUGAGCUCCUUCUGCUUCACCAAGAUCGACAUGGGGGACAAGCCACUGAGAGUGAACGGAGUGAAGGUCUACACAGAGAAUGUGGAUAAGAGGCAGAUCAUCAUGGACCUCCAGAUCAGUUUUGUCGGGAACACAGAGAUCGACGUGGACAUCAAGAAGUUCUACUGCCGGGCUGGAAUCAAGAGCAUCCAGCUUCAUGGAGUCAUGCGGGUGGUGAUGGAGCCGCUGCUGGGCGACAUGCCCCUGGUGGGAGCCGUGUCUGUCUUCUUCCUCAAGAAGCCGCUGUUAGACAUCAACUGGACUGGACUUACCAAUAUGCUGGACAUCCCCGGCGUCAAUGGUCUCUGCGACAACAUCAUCCAGGACAUCAUCUACUCCUAUCUGGUUCUGCCGAACCGGAUCACCAUCCCGCUGGUGGGCGAUGCUCAGAUGGCACAGCUGCGCUUCCCUGUUCCCAAGGGCGUCCUGAGGAUCCACUUCCUGGAGGCCCAGGACCUGCUGGGCAAGGACAAGUUUUUGGGCGGACUCAUCAAAGGGAAGUCCGACCCGUACGGCGUGAUCCGGGUUGGGAACAAGCUUUUCCAAAGUAAAGUGAUCCACGAGACUGUGCAUCCCAAAUGGAACGAAGUGUACGAGACGCAGAUCUUUGAGCACAGCGGUCAGAGUCUGGAGAUCGAGCUGUUUGACGAAGACACGGACAAGGACGACUUCUUGGGGAGUCUGAUCAUCGACAUGGACGAGGUGGUGAAGCAGCAGAAGGUGGAUCAGUGGUUCACGCUGGACGACGUCUCUUCGGGGAAGCUGCACCUGAAGCUGGAGUGGCUGUCACUGCUGUCCACGCCUCACAAGCUGGACCAGGCGCUGACCAGCAUCCGAGCUCACCACGGCAAAGCCAACGAUGGCCUCUCAUCAGCGCUUCUCAUCGUCUUCCUGGACUCUGCCAGAAACUUGCCGAGUGUGUUUGAGGGGAACUUGGGCUCGGGCUUCCUGCAAGAGCGCCGCUCCUCGGGCCUGGUGGUCUGUGAGAACACGUCGUCCCUGUACCGGACCUUGUUUCGAAACCCAUUAGAGUUGAACCAUGCAGGGCUGAAGAAGUCCUCGAUCAAUAAGGCCAUCAAGUCUGCAAAGAAGGUGACCAGUGACCCAAAUCCUGCAGUCCAGUUUACUGUUGGGCACCAAACAUUCAAGAGCAAGACGAGGUAUAAAACCAACGAGCCGGUCUGGGAAGAAACGUUCAGCUUCAUGAUUCACAACCCCCGGGCCCAGGACCUGGAGGUGGAGGUGUUGGACGAGAAGCACGAAUGCUCUUUGGGGACACUAACGUUGGAGCUGAAGCGCCUGCUGGAGGCUGAAGACAUGACAAUGAACGAGCGCUUUCCCAUCCGGACCUCGGGAGCCAGCUCCACCCUGAAGAUGAAGAUCGCCCUGCGGGUUCUGUGUGUAGACACAGACUCGUCCUCAGAUGCUACUCCAUCCUCAGGUGACCUCUGCAAGUCCAGCUCCUCUGACCCGACCCCCGUGACUCCAGCUGAACGCACCAGGCCUCCGGCCACGCCCACCCAUGAGGCACCAGGGUCCACGACCGUGUCUGCCCAGGACGCACUCAACCGCAGGAAGCAGUCGGAAGAUGUGGCGAGGAAUCAGGGCCGGAGUCAGAACCUGGCGGACAUGGGGCGCAGCACCUCCAACUUGGCCCUCUCAGGCUCGCAGCUGCACCUGGCUGAUGGCAAAGAGCCCACGCCAAGCAUCGCCUCCGACAUCUCCAACCCGUUUGCCACUCAGGAGCUGCAGAACAGGGUCCAGCAGCUGCAGAAUGGUUCUGGUCAUAACUACUUCUCUCUGGGUGAGAUCCAGCUGACAGUGCGACACAGCUCGCACAGGAACAAGCUGGUGGUGGUGGUGCACAGCUGCAGGAACCUGAUUGCCUUCACCGACCACGGCUCAGACCCGUAUGUGCGGCUCUACCUGCUGCCCGACAAACGGCGAUCCGGUCGCAGAAAAACCAGCACGGUCAAGAAAACGUUGAACCCGGUUUACGAGCAGACCUUUGAGUUCAGCGUGUCGUUGGUGGAGCUGCAUAGAAGAACUCUGGACGUAGCGGUGAAGAAUGGCGGUGGGCUGCUUUCCAAGCACAAAGGCCUUCUGGGAAAGGUUCUGGUGGAUUUGAUCCAUGAAGACAUCAACAAGGGCUGGAGGCAGUGGUACGAGUUGAGUGAGGAUGGUCUGGCCAGGAACCAGCAGCUCUGAUUCGGGCCUGCUGAGGCCCGACGCUCGCGCAGCUUUCUCUUUACCAAGGCAAACCUCCCUCCGAGGUGAGUGAGGGAGACGUAGCUGUGUUCUAGAAGAGUCUGCAGCUGUAGAACCCGGACUGUAAACACGGGCUGCUUCAGUUUGGUUUCAGUCAAAAGGGAAAAAAAUGCCAAAGAGAUUUUUUUUUAACAGCUUUAUUUUUUAAUUUAACCAAGAUUAACUUUUGUAUUUGUUUUUAUAUACACAUUAGUUUGUAGUUGUUCUAGUUUUAAACAUGUGGGGAUCAGCUUUCAAAUGUUUUGUUCCUGCUCUCAUCUUGGUGCACGCCAGCUUUCUCAUGGUGCAGGAACGAGACUCAGCUCCAACCAACGUACCAAGAUCAUGUUCGCUAGCUAUUAUUUCUGCUUUGAUCAAACGCGAGAGGAUGUCAGUGCAAGUUAGAUAGGUCAAGUAUUUUGAAUCAUGUUAACACAAUAUUGUUCAUGGAAAUGUUGUUGUGAAAAGAUGCGAAUGAGAAAAGAUUAUGGAUUUAUAUUUAUUUGAUGUGUAUUUAAACAGAACAAACACUUAUUUUUGUUUUCACUUCCGAGCGCCACUUGUGGCUCCUAGAUCAUACACUACAUACACAGGUGUUGUUGGCAGACAUCAACUUGUUCUCUACUGACUGGAGUCCAACACGCAACCUCUCACCAGUGAGCACGUUUCUGCUAAAUGUAUCGCACACUUAUUUAGCGGUGAUGUCCGAGCACAGCUAUUGAGUGAAUCCGACAUGAUGCUGCUUUGACUCCGCUGCUCUUCUUCGCUCACUUCUCCUAGUUACAGUACAGUAACGCUAGGUUUUCUGCUGAGCUUAGCGCAUUUCGGAAGGGUGUGUGUGCCGUGGGUCGCACACAGUACAGUAGGUCCAAGGGGCGGUCCUGGUCCACCACAUUACAAACUACAUUGUGAAAGAAGUUCAGCUCUAGUUUUGCUUCACACCAGCGGGAACCAAGAGAGCACAGGCAGUGGGACCAAAUCAGAGUUUGUGAAUGCCUUGUUUUUUCCCCAGAGAGACGUCCUCCACUUUGUUUCAGCCAUCUCCUUAUUGUUUUGUACUCAGCUUUCAUUCCACAACUGCAGAGCUAAUAAAAGCUUCAGCUGGAAACUAUGGUGUGUGUCUCUGUCACCAUCACUGUCUGGGGCUUCGGCCUGUCCUUCCAUGGCAACUCUUCGAUGAUGUCACAAAACAAUAUAGACCAAGAAGUGCAAUAAUUUUCCACCUCCCUCUCUCCUCUAUUCCUCGUCUCUCCAUCUUUUUAUUCAACAAAAUCAUCAAUUUCCGA